GACUGAGAGUGAGCAAGUGUUGCUGGUCUUCCCCCCGCCCUCCUCCGUUAACGAUGGGAGGUGCUUUGCAAACUUAACCCAGCCUGCAAAAAGGAUCUUACGUUAUAGCAAGCCAUGCUGGAGUGAACAAUCGAUGACUACUCUCCCGUUGAAAAUAGAACAACCAUUGGGUAUUCAGAUGGAGGAGAGGGAUACAUCCAAUGUCUGGGUAUCUGGGUGGUGGCUACUUUGCUAAAUGGCAGUAUUACAAUUAUAGAAUGUUUGCUAUCAAUGCAGCAAAAUUACCAUCGAGCAAAUGCCAAGAUUUGAACUCUGAAGAUUUACCAUGGCAAUCUGCAGUGAUAAGUUUAAAAAGAGAUAAUAGGACCUGAGAUUCAUUGAUAUAACUAACAAAAGUGGCCAGCCAGACUUUCCUGGGCAACUCAAAAACAAGUAUCAUGGAGUUACCUCUUUAUUCUCAGCAUCUGAUAAGUGGAGGUAUACUACCUCUGAAUUGGGUGUGGUAUUCCACUUCAAGAUUGUUGAUUGUUAAGCCUGUCCAUGAUUCAUCAAGAUAUGUUAGUGGCCUUCACCUUAUCUUGUGGCCAGAAAUUCCUUUGCUUAUAUGGUUCCUGAAGAACAUGGAGCUGCCAAACGAAGAUAUAAAAUUUAUUACUGAUGAGACACUGGAUUUUGGCCUGCCUUUUCCUUUUGAUGGACAAGAUGAGGAGGUCUCUGUCACUUGCCCCACUGAGCCAAAUGAAAGGUGUGCAGCACAAACAUCUUACUUGAACAUCUUGCUGGGAGAGACUGAAGGGAGGACCAGAGAGCAAGCCUUCCAGUGGAGCUCUCUGAGUCCUGAGAAGCUGGAGGAGGUCAUGAAGGAAGCCAAUAAGUUGGCUGAACAGCUGGAGAGAUGUAGACUGCUGGAGAAGGAGAAUGCCAGCUCUGAGAUGAGGCUCAAGACAGUUCCAGAAUAUGAGCCUUUGCCACCAAUUGGAUUCUUGAAUGCAGACAGGGAGGGCUCCAGCAACCCUAGACGAAGAACGUUCAAUGUGAACAACAGCCCUCUGAAAGCACUGCUGCCAACAGUGGGACCCGAAAGCUGCUCAGCUCUAGGUUCCCCCAAAGCUCCCUUUACGGAGAAGGGAAGACCUUCCUGUGUUGCAGACCUACCUGUUCCCAAGAAACUCCAAAAUAAGUCUAACACCUGCUGUGCUGACAACCGGCUUUCUAAGAAAUCCAGACCAGAUCAGUCACUCAAGGCACUGACACCAACAAAAUCUCCUGGUACUAAGAAGACAAAUAGUAGGAGCAGCAGGACAGAUAGACCAUCUCCACCCACCCUUCCCAGGAUCAUGCAAAAGCAGCAGCCUUUGCUGGGUUUGAGGUCUUCCCUUCAAACCAACAGGAGGGGACCUUUAAGGAAAGCAGAGAGAGCUUCUGUCAAGGACCAUUCUGCUAAAGACUCACAGCCCCUUCAGGAUUCAGCCAGCAAAGGUACAAUGCCAGUGGCAAAUACAAAAGGGAGGCUGGACCCCAGGCUGGAUCCAUUGAAGAGAAGUCCUAUGAAGAAGUCCUCUGCUGCUCCAGAAAAGGUGGUGACUGUCCAAAAGGCAAAUGCAAAUCAGGCUAAAUGUAUGGGAAGGAAUGGGCCACAACUGCAAGCCAGCUGUAAGCCUCACAGCAGCUUUUGUGAGACUCGAACCAGAAGCACUGCCACGUCUGUGCUUGCAAGCCACCUCCCAGGGCCAAACUCUAUUCCAAAAGCAACCAGUCGCAUUGCCAUUUUAGGCAGACAUGCGGUCACAGAAAGGCCCAGCCAGCUCAAAUCGCUGGGUUUGGGAGUGUCUGGUGGGAAAGGAUUUGCUAUGCCAGGCCCUGCUGGACAGAAAGCUUCUGCAUUUCAGCAGACAGUCCCCUCUGACACUUCCCAGCACAGCAGACUGCAGCUGCCAAAGAAAGUAACCUCUGGCAAUUCAAGGUAAAGCCAGACAUCACUAAAAUCCUUGGGGAGAGAAUAGGAGCCUCGGAUAAUCCCAGACAUCUUCCAUAUGAGGAUAAAGUUGGACCACCUGCUUUAGCCUUGGUUUCCAUCAGAGGAAACUUUGUUACCGCUUCAUGCAGGAAAACGGUUAAAGGUUGCUUACCAGCAGGGCUCCUGCCAUGGAUCUCCUUCCUCAUUACCAAAGCCUGGGUUCAUGUUUUGUUUUUGUAUGUUUCGGUCUUGCAACAAACAGAUCUGGGGGUGGAUGGGCUGUAGCCACUGAACAUUUCUUGCCCUUGCCCUAUCACUAUGGUCCUGAGUGCUUUUGAUUUAUAGACCAAACUUCAUGGUGAUGAAGCUGCAGCCUGUGAGGCUUGGCCAAGGCUUUGCUGACGGAGAGAACUGCAACUCAUGCCACACCAGUUGCUCCGGUUCCUAAUAUCUUAUUAGAUCAAAGCAGCCUUAUUGAGAGUCAAUACAGUAUUCUCUAUCAAUAGUAUGAUAGAGCAUACCAGAUUACAGAACUGUGUAGAACUAUUACUGGACAACAUAAAUGUUUAACAUUUUGCCUGUUACUUUUAAAAAACAGGCAAUGAAUUUCACUAGUUAUGUGUAAAGAGAAAUUUUUGAUUGUUUAUCUUUUUGUUUUCCUUAGUCAUUAUUAUGUCAAAGGAGAGGCAGCUCUUAUUUCAAACCACUUAUGAUUACAUAUUUGUACUCUCUUUCCCUUUAUCAUCUUAGUCCUAGCGGAUUCUGUGUUGUCAAAAUUACUAUGUGCUAACUGCACUUUGGCUCUCAGCCAGCUUUUAGUAUUUGCAAUCAAUGGCAAAAUCUGAAAUGUGAGGGUAAAGGAGGUUGCUAUUCUUUUCAUUGUCUUCUUUUUCCUGGUAGGGCUUUAUACUGUUAACAAUUUGUAUGACAAGCAGACAUUAAAUCAGGACAGGAGAAAGGUUUACUAAUUAAUUUGCUGCCUGUUGAUAAAGUCAAAGAAGUUCUGCUAACAAAAACAGGCCCUCUAUAAUUACAUGGGAUUGUAUCCAACAUUAGUGUUACUCAGAAUAGACCCACUGAAAUUAAUGGCCAUGACUAACAUAGGUCCAUUCAUUUCAGUGGAUCUACAUUGAGCAGAACUUAAGACACACCCCUUAGUCAUUUAUUGCACCUCCUAGGACCAUCUCAUGCUCUAAAUUAUUUUUAAUACCUUUGUGACUGGUUGUAUCUUUUAAAAAAAAGUUGGUUAAAAAAACAGUACAUCAUACUGAAGAUACGGCUAGUCACUCACUUUAUAACUUGUACCACCUUGGCUCAGAGGAAGACUAAAGACUGGACAAGAAAAAAAAUGCCCUUAAAUUAGAGAUGGGGAAUGUGUAGCUCUCCAGAUGUUGGACUACAACUCGCAUAAUCACUGGCCUGGGCUGAUGCCAAACAAUAUCUGGAGGGCUACAUUUUAGCCACCCCUGCAUUAGAAGCUCAGCUAUGAAUAGAUAUCUGCCAGUCUGCCUUCCAUCUACUUAAGAUUUGGAUAAAACUAGCCAGGGGAGGAUAUGUCCUGCCUUAAGUUUUAACUCUUUCUCCUGCAAUGUGUAAGUUCUAAGAGGAGGUGGCAUUUGCCUUUGGCAGUGUUUGUGUUACAAUAGAUUUGUGAGUGAAGGAGGUUAAAAGUAUUCCCUGGUCUAUAAAUGGGAAAAGUUAUGUAAGUUUUAGUAUUAAACUUUUUGGGAUGCCAUGCAACUUACAAGGGUAUAUAAGUUGACAAGGCUUAUCCAUAUGGUUCUGAGCAUCUGCUGAAGGCAAGCGCUAAUAUAUCUGAAAUAUGUGAAAAUUAAUCUUUAAGCUAAUGAAUUUCAAGACAGGAAUAAAAGAUGAGUGAUUCUGUCACAGGCUACCCAUCUACGAGUAGGGAAGUUCAUCAGCCUUUGUUCCUUGUGUGAGACUGAAGGAGUGCUCUCUGUGAAAAAAUGUUACAUUAUUUCUACCACUCUUGAAUAAAACAUCAUGUACUGUACUUAUUAUUUUGUUAAAAUAUC